AUGGGUAAGGGUACUCCAUCUUUCGGUAAGCGUCACAACAAAACUCACACUUUGUGUAAGAGAUGUGGUAAGCGUUCUUUCCACGUUCAAAAGUCCACCUGUGCUGCCUGUGGCUACCCAGCUGCCAAGACCAGAUCUUUCAACUGGGGUGCUAAGUCUAAGAGAAGAACCACCACUGGUACCGGUAGAAUGCAAUACAUGAAGCACGUUGCUAGAAGAUUCAAGAACGGUUUCCAAACCGGUGCCGCAAAGAAGGCCGCUUCUGCUUAA